AUGGCACAGCAAGGGGUUCAGCUGGACGGAGAAACGAGGAAGACUUUCACACCGAGGCCUGUCCUGAAAACUGAAGUGAGUCGAGUCAAAGAGCUUCAGGAGAAGCUGGAGCAGGAGAUCGCUGAGCUGAAGAGGAAAGACGGCGAGCUGGAGCAGCUCUCACACACAGAGGAUCACAACCAGUUUCUACACAACUACCCCUCACUGUCAGCACUCAGUGAGUCUACACACUCAUCCAGCAUCAAUAUUCGUCCUCUGAGCUACUUUGAGGAUGUGACAGCAGCUGUGUCAGAGACCAGAGAUAAACUACAGGACAUUCUGAGAGAGGAAUGGAGAAACAUCUCACUGACAGUCACUGAAGUGGAUGUUUUACUGUCACCACCAGAGCCAAAGACCAGAGCUGGAUUCUUAAAAUAUUCACGUGAAAUCACACUGGAUCCAAACACAGCACACAAAGAGCUGUUAUUAUCUGAGGGGAACAGAAAAGCAACACAGUUGAAACAACAACAGUCUUAUUGUGAUCAUCCAGACAGAUUCACCUUUUAUGAUCAAGUCCUGAGUAAAGAGAGUCUGACUGGACGUUGUUACUGGGAGGUGGAGUGGAGCGGUAGAGGAAUAGAAGUAGCAGUCUCAUACAAGAAUAUCAGAAGAGUAGGAAAGUCAGCUGAAUGUAUAUUUGGAUACAAUAACAAAUCUUGGGCAUUACUUUGUGAAAACAACAGUUAUUCAUUUUUUCACAAGAAAGUACGAACUGUCCUCUCAGGUCCUCCGUCCUCCAGAGUAGGAGUGUACCUGGAUCACAGAGCAGGUAUUCUGUCUUUCUACAGCGUCUCUGAAACCAUGACUCUCCUCCACAGAGUCCAGACCACAUUCACUCAGCCGCUCUAUGCUGGACUUUGGCUUUAUUUUUCAGCUGGAGACACUGCAGAGUUGAUUAAAGUCAAACAGAGAAGACAGGUUCAUGUUGAUCCCUGACCAUUAUAUGUACUUGUGUAGUUUCUAAAUGAGGCUUUACAUUUUAGAAGCUGAGAAGUUCAGUGGUCCAUUGAUGUGUGAAAAUAAUAUUGCACUGAUUCAAACUGUACUUACAUUUAUAUACCUUACAUCAAUAUAAAUCUGAAUUUGUUCUUAUGGCUGAUAAUCAUGUGAGUUUAAAUGAUACUACUCUUCAUAUUCAGCAUGUUUGAAAUCUGUCAUCAGUCUGGUUAGUGGUUUUAUUCUGUAGUUGCUGUAGUGGGUUGUCAAAUGCAACAUUAUAUUGGAGCUGCAGUGAUUCAUCAGUUAGUCAAUGAUUAGAAAAUUGAUUGUUUUAUCAUUGUUUUGUAUUGUAGAGUUUACACAUAAAAGUCCGUUUAGAUGGAGAUCCUUAACUACUUUCACAAAACACAUUUUUUCAUAAAACAUUUUUUUGCCUCAUGUUCCAUUUUAUAAUUAAAACUUUUCAACAUAAUGAAUUUUUCCUCCUCAGGAAUAAAAUCUGGGAUGUUGCAUACAUUAAAAAGAAGAAGAAGAAGAAAUGUAUAUAUAAAGACUGUCAUGCUGAUUAUCUGGAAGGUUAAAGUUCAGCAUGCUCUUGUUUUAUUGGUUCUUUGAUUAGUUCUGCUGUUUAUUAAUGUUGAUUGUGUGUU